AUGAGUGAUUAAUUGACUAUUAAAAGGAGAAGAGGGAAUAAUAUAGAUUCAACAAAUUAUAUAAUCACUCUAAAUUUGUAGGAUAGCUCUUCUACAUUGUUAUCGCUUAAAUAGGAAAUUUCGAAAAUCAGUAUCAUUUUAGGAUUUAUCAAUUAGCUAAAAUCAAACCCUUAAGGUAAUGGUUAACAAGUGAAGAUUUAAAGACUGUUUAUGAUGACAAUACAAAACCUUUGAAUCUGUGUGGAUUUAAGAGUGGAUAAGUUUUGGUUGUAAAAGACUUAGGACCUUAGAUGCUUUGGAUUACAGUUUUCUAUGCUGAAUAUGUUGGUCCAAUUCUCAUGUUUGCUUUAUUAUACUACUUAGGAAAGAAGGAUAAAUACACUUUUAUGCAAAAGUAAUACCAUAAUUAUAACUUAAUUUAGAUCUGCUUUAUGGAUGGUAGCUGCACAUUACAUUAAGAGAAUAUUAGAAACUAAAUUUGUCCAUGUUUUUAGUAGAGACUCAAUGCCAACAAAAAGAGCAUUGAUUAAUUGUUUCCAUUAUUGGAUUCUAUGUGGAGCAUGCAUAGGAUCAGAAUUAUAUUUAUUUAGAACCUUUAAAGAGGAUCCUGCUUGGAAGAAGGUCUUUAUAGCCUUAUUUGCAGGAUUUGAAUUCUUAAAUCUUAUGUGCCAUCUAAGAUUGGCUAGCUUUAGAAAAUAGCCUGCUAUUAAGAAAAAUGAUGAAUCUUAUGUAGCAUUGAACAAAUAAAGAUAAAUUCCAUAUGGAUGGGGUUUCGGUAGAAUUUCAAGUGCGAAUUAUUUUUGGGAAACUAUGGCAUGGGUUAGUUUCACUAUCUUCACUGGCUCAUAUGCAGGUAUAUUGAUAAUUAAAAAUUAGCAAUUGGAUUUACUGCUUUUUCAUUUUCUUAAAUGAUGAUUUGGGCAAAAUAGAAACAUAAAAGAUAUUUGAAAGAAUUUGGAGAUAAAUAUCCAAAGAAUAGAAAAGCAAUAGUACCAUUUAUAAUAUGAGGAACCAAAAUUAUUUUAUGAAUAAAAUAAAAAUAA